AUGAACACACCCGAGAAGACUAGAGUGUCAAAGACACCAUCAGUUCCAGUGAGAAGAAGACCUAGACUGAAAGGUAAAGGAGUUAAAAAUUCUACUUCAAAGAAUUUGUUUGGUGAGACAGGUGGUUCAAGUACCAAACCAGUUGUACUUGAUAGUGAUGAAGAUGUAGAAAUGAGAGCUGGUCAAGAUGAAGACAUUGAAAAUAGACAAAGUGAUGAAGACAUUGAAGAUGUUGGGGUAGUUAAUCAUGAUUAUUGGGUAAAUAAAGCAAUGCUAGAUAGAGAAAUGGGAGAUGCUCAAGCUGAUGAAUAUGUUGUUGAACUUGAUAACAUUUGUGAGGAUGAGUGCAACCCUGUAGAGGACCCUGAUGCUACACCAAUAUAUGAUAGUGAUGAAGAUAGUGAUUGUAUGAAGUAUGAUUCAGAAGAAGAUAGUGCUGAUUCAAAUGAUGAUGCAAAAGAAGAUAGUGGUGAUUCAAGUGAUGACGGUGAACAAAAUAAUGAUGAAGGUGAUGUUGAGAACAAGGAUGAUGAUCCUGAAUGGUUCAGGAACUUUAAGGAUGAGAGGGCAUUGAACUUCCCUGAUGAAGUUAUUGAACAAGGAGAUAAUGGAAGAGAUAAGGGAAAACAUAAUGGAGGUACUACUGAGAUGAAAGAUGAUGAUCCUGAAUGGUUGAAGAAUUUUAAAGAUGAGAGGUUAAUGACCUUCCCCGAGGAAGAAGUUAUUGAAGAAGAAGAGGAAGAAUUUUUCCCAGACCAAUAA